GUAUUCACUGCCCUGCAAACAUUUAAACGAAAAGCUAAGAUGGAUUAAAUGUACAGCUGCUUGAUGUUGGCUUCCUUGCCCAUAUCCGAUAUGCCGAUAUUGUCCUGCGCUUUAUUAGCACUUUAUUCCAGCACAGCACAUCAUCUGCAUGCUGGGUGCAUUUCGUGACACCAAAAAGUGCAAUAUGCAAUGUAAGUUAUAGAAAAAGCACCAUGUUUAUUUGACACAUUUCUAAACCAAAUAGUCAAGCUUGUGGAAUGAGACUCCGCACCGCCAAAUCUGAGGCCGGUUCUCAGUCGGAAAAGGGUGGAUUGCUCCCUCCGGGUUGGGAAUGAGGUCCUGCCCCAAGUGGAGGAGUUCAAGUAUCUCCGCGUCUUGUUCACGAGUGAGGGAAGAUUGGAGCGUGAGGUCAACAGGCGGAUCAGCGCGGCGUCUGCAGUAAUGCGGUCGCUGUACCAAACCGUCCUGGUGAAGAGAGAUUUGAGCCGGAAGGCAAAGCUCUCAAUUUACCGGUCGAUCUACGUUCCCACCCUCCCCUAUGGUCAUGAGCUUUGGGUCGUGACCGAAAGAACGACAUCGCGGAUACAAGCGGCUGAAAUGAGUUUCCUCCGUAGGGUGGCUGGACUCGGUCACCCGGGAGGGGCUCAGAGUAGCGCUGCUUCGAGAGGAGCCAGUUGAGGGCUCGGGGAUCUAGUCUGGAUGCCUCCCUUGGUGAGGUGUUCCGGGCUUGCCCAGCCGGGAGGAGGCCCCGGGGCAGACCGAGGACACGCUGGAGGGAUUAUUGUCUCACAGGGGCCUGGGAAAGCCUUGGUUUCCUCCUGAUGGAACUGGAAGAGGUGGCUGGGGACCGGGAAGUCUGGACUUCCCUACUGAGACUGCUGCCCCCGUGACCCGGACCCGGAUAAGCGGAAGGAGAUGGAUGGAUGGAUGGAUGGAUGGAAAAUAGUCAUAAAAAAAAAUCAUGAUCAGUAGUCAACUAACAUGACAUGUUCUCCUACUAUCAACAGGUACAACUGGUUAGUCUUAAUAAAUUCACUAAUAACAAUCAAAUUAAGUCCUGCUGGCAAUGACGUUGUCAUGUUUGCAAUCUUCUUCUUUGCUUCAGAAAGCCACUUUUUUAGGCCCAGCUGUCUGUAUGACAUAAAAUCCUGCUGAAGUAUUUUGCGUAAAAAAAAGAAAAGUAGUCCACCCUGCUGAGUGUCAUUUAAAAGGACGUCGGGGAGCUGAAUGAUGAAACUUUCAUCCCUGGGAGCGCUUGUGAGCGCCCUGGCGGACGACACGGUCCACCUGUGGAACCUGAGGCAGAAGAGACCAGCCAUCCUGCACUCGCUCAAGUUCAGCAGAGAGAGGAUAACCUUCUGCCACCUACCCUUCCAGAGUAAAUGGCUGUACAUCGGCACGGAACGGGGCAACAUCCACAUCGUCAACGUGGAGUCCUUCAUGCUCUCAGGCUACGUCAUCAUGUGGAACAAAGCCAUUGAACUGUCCUCCAAGGCUCACCCUGGACCAGUCGUCCACAUCAGUGACAACCCCAUGGAUGAGGGGAAGCUCAUAAUUGGAUUCGAGUCUGGCAUCGUGGUCCUGUGGGAUCUGAAAUCAAAGAAGGCAGACUAUCGCUACACUUAUGAUGAGGCGAUCCACUCGGUUGCCUGGCAUCACGAGGGCAAGCAGUUCAUCUGCAGUCACUCAGACGGGACGCUGACCAUAUGGAACGUGAGAGGCCAGGGCAAACCCAUACAGACAAUCACCCCCCACGGAAAACAACCCAAGGAUGGAAAGAAGCCAGAGCCUUGCAAACCCAUUCUCAAAGUGGAGUACAAAACCACCAGAAAUGGGGAACCCUUUAUCAUCCUGUCUGGGGGUCUGUCCUACGACACGGCGGGCAGGCGGCCUUGUCUGACGGUCAUGCACGGGAAGAGCACUGCCGUCUUGGAGAUGGACUACCCUAUAGUGGACUUCCUCACGCUGUGUGAGACGCCGUACCCUAAUGAUUUUCAGGAACCUUACGCCGUAGUGGUCCUCCUCGAAAAGGACUUGGUGGUGAUCGACCUUGCACAAAACGGUUACCCCAUAUUCGAGAACCCCUACCCCCUGACCAUCCACGAGUCCCCGGUGACCUGCUGCGAGUACUUCGCCGACUGCCCCGUGGACCUCAUACCAGCACUUUACUCUGUUGGCUCUCGACAGAAGCGGCAGGGCUACAGCAAAAAGGAGUGGCCUAUCAGUGGGGGCAACUGGGGUCAAGGCACACAAAGCUACCCAGAGAUAAUCAUCACAGGGCACGCUGAUGGAACGGUGAAGUUUUGGGAUGCCUCUGCAAUAAUGCUCCAGGUGCUCUACAAGCUGAAAACAGCCAAGGUGUUUGACAGGAACCGCUCCAAAGAGGACAAGGGCAGCACGGAGGUGUCGGAUGAAGACCCCUUCGCCAUUCAGCUCAUGGCCUGGUGCCCCGAGAGUCGCAUGCUGUGUGUGGCGGGCGUGUCGGCAAACAUCAUCGUCUACCGCUUUAGCAAACUGGAAGUAACCACGGAGGUGGUGCAGCUAUUAGAAGUGCGGAUGCAGUACGAGUUGAACGACAUAGAGUCUCCAGAGGGCGGAGGCGGGGAGCACACGUCGGCGCACCCGACCCCCGGCGCCUCCCCGCAGACGAGUGGCCCGCCUUCCCACCCUUCCACCAGUAGCAGCAACUCUGAUGGAAGCAACAUGCCGUGCCUCAAGGUGCGCAGCACUCAGCUGAAGCAGUCUCCGGGUUACCAGGUAGACUUGGUGGCGCAGUUAGUGUGGGUGAGCGGAGAGCCUCCUCAGCAGAUCACAAGCCUGGCACUCAAUUCCUCCUACGGCCUGGUGGUGUUUGGUAACAGCAACGGCCUGGCCGUGGUGGACUACAUCCAGAAGACGGUGGUGCUAAACCUGGCCACAGUGGAACUGUACGGCUCCAGCGACCCGUACCAGAGACAACCACGCUCACCGAGAAAGUCGAGACAGCCCUCUGGAGGACUGUGCGACAUCAACGAGGGGUCGGCCACGUCAGAGGACCGCUGCAAGUCUCCCACUUCAGUGUUGAUGUCAAACAGCAAUCUCCAACAGUUCUACAAUGGAGGUGGUAGAGGAGCAAAGAUGUCACGGAAAUUAAGCUUGCCUACUGAGCUAAAGCCAGACUUGGUCCUCUUGUCCGUAUGCCCGCCCCGGGGUGCCAACCCUCUAGACCACCGGGACAACUCGUUCAGCCGCUCGCGCUCGUCCAGCGUCACCAGCAUCGACAAGGAAGCAAAAGAAGCCAUCCUCUCCUUCCACUUCUGCGAGAUCUUCGCCCGUAAGGGAGACAGCACUUUAUCGCCUUGCCUGUUUGUGGGCACCUCCCUGGGCACCGUGCUGGCGCUGGCCCUCACGCUGCCGCCUGCUGGGGAGCAGAGGCAACUACAGCCUGUCAUCCUUUCGCCCACAGGCAUGCUGAUCCGACUGAAGGGCAGCAUCUUGCGGCUGGCCUUCUUGGACUCCGCCGGCUCCCUUUUGCCGCCCGCCUUUGACCCCUGGUUCGAGCCCAAUGUCUCGGCGGACGGCGAGGAACGAGAAAAGGUCCGCAAGCGUCGCCCCGUCUCGGUGUCUCCUUCCAGCUCGCAGGACCUGAACGAGGGCCAGUACGCCGUGGUGUGCUCCGAAAAGCAGGCCAAGGUGCUUUCCCUGCCCACCCAGACGUGCAUCUACAAACACAGCAUCACAGAGACCUCCUUCAUCUUACGUGCUGAUGUGGUCCAGAUGAGCCAGGGGGUGUGCUUGGCCUGUUUCUGUGCUAACGGCCACAUCAUGACCCUCAGUUUGCCGGGACUGAGACCCCUCAUGGACGUCAACUACCUGCCUCUGACAGACAUGAGGAUAGCCAGGACCUUCUGCUUCACCAACCUGGGCCAGGCCAUGUACAUGUGCUCCCCCACUGAGGUCCAGAGGAUCACUUACAGUCAGGACACCUGUGAGAACCUACAGGAAAUGCUUGGUGAACUGUUUACACCAGUGGAGACACCUGAGGCACCCAACAGAGGGUUCUUCAAGGGUCUCUUUGGGGGAGGAGCACAAUCCCUGGACAGAGAGGAGCUAUUCGGCGAGGUAGCAGCCGGACGAGCAUCCCGAAGCCUGGCCCAGCACAUCCCGGGCCCGGGCGGCAUCGAGGGCAUGAAGGGGGCGGCCUCGGGCGUGGUGGGAGAGCUGGCGCGCGCACGGAUAGCGCUGGACGAGCGAGGGCAGAAACUGGGCGAGCUGGAGGAGAGGACGGCCGCCAUGAUGGCCAGCGCUGACUCCUUUUCCAAGCACGCACACGAGAUGAUGUUAAAGUGCAAAGACAAAAAAUGGUACCAGUUCUGAUCGGUGGAUCUUCCAUGCCUUCAUUGGCGGGACUCAUCAUCGCCGUGACCUCCCACCCUGUCUUUGCGUUCAGCCCUCAUCCCUCCGAGACACUUGGGAUAUUCUUCCCUUUAGCACAAUGUCCAAUACUGUUAUUACCUCAGUCUUUCUUUGGCUGGAGCUGAGGGAGACGCAGGGAAGCAAGCAAAACGCUGUCCUUUUCUCUUCUUUUUCUAAUUCUCCAUCCUUUUUCUUCUCUGGACACGUGGAGAGUUUUCAUUCUCAUUUGCCAAACUGUCCUUAAGACUGAUGUCAGUAUUUCAACUGGAACAGAGACACGGAAUAUUGUUCAAAUGUACAAAAAAUACAGAAUACGUUAUAAUAUAUAUAGAUAUACAUAAAUUUAAAUGUGCAAAGCUGUAUCCACUUCAGGGCACGCGGUACUAAAGCAAGGACGCUGAUUGGAUGGAUGAAGGAAGGAGGCCCGCCCAUACAGGAAGUGACGCCUCCUCUAUGCAGAGUCACUCUGAUUUUGUUUUGUUUUUCCAUUUCACUCAACUUCCAGACUCUCCUGACAUUUUCUCACCAUCCCUGUACGUAUUAUGAAUUCUUGUUUUGUUGUAUGCCUCUGUCAAUAUUACGGGAAAGCUCUUAUUUUUCUAUGCUUGUCAAAGUGGAGAUAUUUUUGUUGUUGCUUUCGUCUCACAGUUGUUUUUCUCCUUAUGGAAAAAAGGGCUGGAAUCUACAAGGAGGGCAAGGAUUAACAAGGCAUAUUUAUCAUUAAGGUGUGCUUUCGUUUCAACUGUCGUUUAGUGUGACUGUACAAAUGCUGCUAGGAUCACUUAAAUACUUUUUAUUACGCCUUUUACGGGAAUAUGUUCAAUAAUGUUUAUUUUUAUAAUCACACUUUGUUUUAUUUGAUGUCCCCCCCCCCCCAUAAUGUCAGUCAAAUGUGGCACAUCUCUCUAUAAGGUGGUUCAUUCCCAGACAAUCUGGAACAUCAGCAGAUAAGAACAACCGGGCCAUAUUUGUUUGUCACGCCAAAGACUUGCUUCAGUCAUCACCUUUUUGAAAAUAUGAAAUGUUGCAGAUUUCCUUGUCAACAAGUUGGAUUUGACUACCAUUCACUUGAAGGCGAAUCAGGGCCACACGGAUAAGAAAACAAUGGCAGUUGUUCCACGAGUGUCCAAAGUGCAUUUUUGGUCAUGUUCCUUGUAGCUUAUUAUUUUAGUGUUGUUUUCUUGGUCUAACACCCAACCCAAAAGCCGAUUGCGUGGAACAAGCUGACAUCAAAGUCCAUGUUUUAAUCUAACAACUACAAAUCUAUUAUUUGAACUCAGCUUAGCAGCUUUACAGAAAUACGGUGUAUCGUUUUCUUUAUUUUUCUCAAAGUCCACGCUUUGAAAACCCGCUACAGUCGUGGAAAGGACACGCCAGAAUGGAUCACAGUCUUGCAACUGUACUUUUAAAAUGUCUUUAACACAAACACACAGAUCCACUAACCACUAGGACUCCACAAUGUCAAGUUUUCAGGUGUGUGUGUGUGUGUGUGUGUGUCUGUGCGUAGAGGAGUGUGUUACUGUUUGUUCAACUGUGUCCUGGUCUGCAGUUUUUGUCCACCUGAGUGUUCCACCAUCUAAAGCCAACCGAAACGUGAUGAAGUGUAAAAGGAAGGGUUCACAGUGGAGGGCUUUCGCCUCAAUGCCAUCGCUUCACUUAAAUGUGUCCUUUCUUUAAAUGUCCCCAUUAAGUUACUUUGAGUCACGUUCUUGUCCCCGCAGUGCAGUAUUCCUCUCCUCAAAUACCGCCCACACACAAACACGAGACAAAGAGUGUUUAUUCUACAUUUUUUUGGUCAUUCUGUCGUCCUGGAGUCAACACUCGUUUCAGUGGGUUGCAGUAUUUUUCUCAUUGUAGCCAAUUUUCUUGUACAGUUUUAUGCAACUUUCACAUGGAUGUUGAUGACUUUAUCUGCUGCCACAAACAAAUUUAGGAGAUUCUGUAGAUAGAGAUUAAUGUGCAAUGGAAAAAAUAAAAGUGGAAAAUGUA